GGCACUUGGACACGCCCUUUGCUACAUGUGUUUGCAAGAAUUUCUGAAUAACAUGCUCUGGUGUUGUGACAGCGACAAAUAGGUCUGUCUUCCUCUCUGUUACAUCAUAAUACGUUGGAUCUGUAUUAAUAUGGACAUUCCGCUGGUCAUAAUUUAACGCGUAUUUUUUGAAAAAAGCGUUUUACUCCCUGUGUCAACAGCAGCGCGUUCUUUCCUGACAAAGCGAAAACAUUAAACAAUUUUGUUUUGAAAUGCAUAGAUAGUCGGUGUUUAAAAGUCAGCUUUCACUGGGCUAAGGACAUUUUUCUACAGUCGAUAUUUAUGUUUCGCUUUAAUUGAGAAACAGUAAAUCAAACAUGGAACAGGCAGAGAGCGUGUAUAACCUCAUCCCCAAGGAAGAGGUUAAAAUAGAGAAACCGCCAAGAUAUGUGUCAAAAUUCAGGGAGCAGGUAAAGCAGGAAAAGCAGAUGAACAAGUCUUCACACAAAACCAUGGGCCUACCAAAGGUGGAGAUCCCCUCACCAGAGAAGUUCCUGCGCAAGUACUCCAAAGCAUCCAAACUUUCUGAUAAGAUAACGCCAUUCAAGGAGGAAAACCUAAGAAGGAUGCCGAUAUCGACCAGGUCCGACUGCUCAUGGAUGCGCACACAGUUAAGAAAGGACUAUAUAAAGAGCAACGCCAUUGACAACAUCCUCUCACCACCACGGAAACCACAGCCUUCUUACACAUUGACAAAAAAUGGAGACAAACAGCUUCUGGAAAAUUCCGGCCUUGUGCCAAAAUAUGUGAACAAAAAGGAUUACGGGCAGAUCCCUGAGUACCUGCAGCAGCGCAAAGAGAAGGAGAGAAGAGCCCAGGAGGAGUAUGACGAAUACAUCAAAGAGCGACUCAGACAGGGAGCCAUGAAGCAGCUCUCUGAUGAGGAACGUCUGUCCACUCUUCAGGGGCUGAAGAAGAAUUUGGAGGAGAUGCUCCACCAGUACCAGUGUCUGUCCAUAGUGAUUGACACCAUCCCCAAGAGGAACCGCAAGGAGAGGCUGGAGUUGCAGAUGAAGAAGCUGGAGAGAGAUAUUGACCUCAUCGAGAGACACAAAACCAUCUACAUCACAAACAAUUGAGGGCACCAGUCCCACCAAUGGGUCCUAUCCUCUGAAAUUGUCACACAAUUUUGACAUCACUUUCAAACAUCAGUUCAUCAAUUUUUGCUAUCAAAUGAUUUGAAUUAACCCAGUGUUUGAGAAUUAAAUGACAGCAAACAUA